GUCAUAACAUCUGCUGCCUUCUCAGGUUGGAAGCUCAAGAUGGUUUGUGGAGGUUUUAUCUGCUCCAAGACCUCCCUGACGGCCCUAAAUGUGUUGUACAUAUUAGUUGCUUUCAUCUUGAUUGGAGUUGCAGCUUAUGCUAGAGUUGUUGCUGUUGUAACCAGCCUCGCCUUGGUAGGAGGUGUUAUUGCCUGUGGUGUUUUCCUUUUUCUGACAGCCUUAAUAGGAGUAAUUGGAGCAUGUAAACACCACCAAGUCCUGUUAUUCUUUUACAUGAUAAUUCUGUUCCUGGUUUUCUUGAUCCAAUUUUCUCUUGCCUGUGCCUGUCUGGCUGUCAAUCAGGAACAGCGAGAACAGCUGGCUUUGACAGGCUGGCGCUAUUCCAGCAACCAAUCUCGCAUCAAGGUACAGCUAAACUCACAAUGCUGUGGAUUUCGAAGAAGUGACGGUGCUGAGGAUCACCCUUCCUGCACCAAUUUGAAGUGUUGUGAAAGCAACUCAGAUUAUGCCUGUUGUGCUGGAAAUGCUACUCAUACCUCAAAUGCAAACGAAACAUGCCCCUGUGCUUCAUGUUCAGAAAAACUCAGUGACAAAAUUAAUUAUGGCUUCAAAUUGACUGGUGGAAUAGGCCUCUUCUUUAGUUUUACAGAGAUUCUGGGUGUCUGGAUAACAGUUCGAUAUAGAAACCAGAAAGAUCCACGAGCCAAUCCUAGCUCAUUCCUAUAAUUGCUGACAUUUUCUAAAUGAACUGGGCACUGCAUGGAAACAUUAUAUAAUAAUUACUAUUCUAACUCUAUCUUUGUUGUGGGACAUUAAAUCAUAUUCAUUGGCUCAACUGAGCUAAACCUUCAAGUGAGCUUUUUUGAUUAAAUGAGUCUAGCAUCUGUCUGUCGAUCUAUCUUGAUAAAGAAAUAAUGCAAGCAACCUCAAGUAGUGCAUAUUCAAGUUUGUUGAAAUCAUCCCUACCCUCCCCCCCCCCCCACCUCCCCCAAGAUAGGGUAAGGGCCACAAUAGGGGAUCAAAUUUUUCAAUGGGAAUAUAUGUACCUGUAAUCAUCUUAAUAAAUCUGAGAAACAACAGGGUCAAGAUUAGUCAUAUUAAUAUCAUAUGAUACCCAAAUUUUGGGGGAAGUCGAGUUUUUAGCUCACCUGAGCUGAAAGAUCAAGUGACCUUUUCUGAUCACCCAUAGUCCGUCUGUCCGUCCAUCUGAUAACUUUUCACAUUUUCAACUUCUUCUACAUAACCACUGGGCCAAUUUUAAGUUCGUACAAAGCAUCCUUGGGUGAAGGGGAGCCCCCUUCCAAGAGGAGAUAAUCAAGAAAAGACAAUUGGGCCAAACUUGGCACAGAGUAUCCUUGGGUAAAGGAGAUUCAAUUUUAUUCAAAUGAAGGGCCACACCCUCUUAUAUGGGGAUAUGAUUAAGAAACUACUGAUUGAGAACUACUGGGACAGGAAAAAUGAAACUUACAAGAAAGCUUCCUGGCCUAGUGUAGAUUUAAGUUUGUUCAAAUCAUGACCCCAGGGGCUAGGGUGGGGCCACUAUGGGCGAUCAAAGAUUAACAUGGUUAUAGAUAGGAAAACUCUUUAAAAAUCUUCUUCUCAAGAACAUGGUUAUAAAUAGGAAAUAUCUUUAAAAAUGUUCUACUCAAGAACAGCAAAGCUGUGAUCAGUCAUAUUUAUAUAGAAGCAUCCACAGGUAGUGUAUUUUCAGGUUUGUUUGGGAUAGAGUGGGGCCACUAUGAGUGAUUAAAGUUUUACAUAGGAAUACAUAGGAAAAUCUUAAAAAAUCUUUUUCCCAGGAAGAGCAGAGUCAUGAUUAGUCAUAUCUAUUUGAUAGCAUCCUCAGGUAGCAUUGAUGACCCCUGGAGGGUGAGGUAGGGCCACAGUGGGUAAUAAAUUUUACAAAGGAAUACAUAGGGAAAAUCAUUACGAAUUACUGAUAUAGCGAAGUAAUUUUGCAGGUCCCCAGUACUUUCCUAUAACCGCGUUUUACUGUAGCAUCUCUAUGUGAAGGGGAACAAGAAUUGUAAACUUGAUGGUCCCUGCCCCCCUCCCCCCCCCCCCCGGGGCCUGAGGGGUGGGAUCAAAACCACCAAAAUUAAUGCAAUCUAUAAAAAUCUUAUCCUCUACUCCUGAACAUCAAGCACUCAAACUGUAAGCAUGAUUGUAAUGAGUAAAAUUGAGACAAAAAUAACAUCUUAUUGAUUGUUCUUCAAAGAACAAGAGAGGCUAAUUGAGACAUUAUGAUAUGGGGUUACAAAUAGUAGAGAAGCACUAAUAGUUUGUUAAUAGUCUGCAUGGUGACAGUGAUGAAUAGGGGACAGAUUAGAACUUAAUUUAUGAGUUGUAACUGAAUGUUAGACUAAUUACUUCGUUGAUCCUGAUCAUCCUAUUUAUCAUACUUUUGGGCAACAAAACUUCAUCUAUCAGUUAAUUUGAUACUCUAAAUUUGUUAUUAUACUCAGUUGACCGUUAAGGCCCUUGGGCCUCUUGUUUAUUUCAUUUUUUACUUAUUUAUUUAUUUUAUUUAUUAGGGUGGAUUGUUUUAAUAAGUUUUUGCACUGGAUUUCAGUAUAGAUAUAAAAGUAAAAUUUGGGGAGAAAGGGGGAAAAAAAGGCUGGUUUGAUAGGGUAAUUUCAUGAUAAUUAUGUGUUUUAGCAUUAAUAGAACCUGUGCUACAAAGGACUAUACAGAGUCAAUUUUGACUCCACAAAUCAACAUUUUUAAAAGUUAUUCAGGCAUGUUAAAUUGUUGUUUUAUUUUGUAGUAGAGUUUAUUAUAGAAAUCAAUGUCAAUACAUUUGUCUCACAUAAUAUGCACUUGCUGACCGUAAAUGACGUCAGGAAUGACGAUAUUUUUGCAUCCAUUCAAAAUGACAAAAUGUGCCUUUUUUUGGCUUUUUUUCCCCUAGGGGAAAUAAAGUGCAGCUUUGAACAAGCAAAAGGAACACUUCAGUAUAAACAGAGUGCUGACCUAUUGUUUUAGUCUUCAAAAACAUUGUCGUUUCUGUCUGGUCAAUGGCUUUAGGUUACAUAUAUGUACUAAUUCGUUUUUUAUAAAUCAUUUUAUUUCAGUAUGUAGAUCUAGGAGGAACCUUUUCAUAGGCAAUAACUAUGUAGCAUGAUAUUGUCAACACAUUUUGAGAUUUUUAUCUUGAAAUAUUAUUUGAUAUUUUUCCUCACUUUUCAUUAUAAAUGUACAUAGUGGUAAUGCCUGUAGCUUAAUUCUUCUCUAUGUGUGUUUAUUUUAGAACACAUUUCCGUGGAUGUAAUAAAACAUGCCAUUAAUGUAUAAAAAUUAUAUAAAUGAAAUCCAAAGGAAGUGCAUUUACUGAUAUGUUUCAAAACUUGAGAUCUGAAUGUAACAUUGACUCAGUACAAAAAUACAUGUAUGUAAUUUCUUUGGCAGUGAAAAUAGAUGGUAUAAAUGUGAACCAAGUUGUCAAAAA